AUGACAGCCUUCGAGGAUUCUUCGUGGAAGCACUUUGCAGAGAAUGAAACCAACAAGCCAAUUGCAUAUCUUCAACUGACCGACAAAAGCACCCUCGAAACCCGAGAAAUCCCUCUCCGUCCCGGUGAAGAAAUUCUUGUUGGGCGAGACAACCGCAAAUGCAAUGUCCCGAUUGUCGACAUACAUGUUUCAAAACAGCAUUUCCUAAUAUACUCCAUUAUCUAUGAGCUCGGGAAAGAAGAAGAAUUCCCGCCUAAGGUUUAUGUUCUCGACCUCGAAUCAUCUAAUGGCACGUAUGUCAACAACCAACUUAUCGGCAUUAUGGGUAGAGAAAGGAAAGGCCGCAUACUGAAUUAUGGUGAUAUUAUCGAAAUCAAACCCUACUGGUCAUUUGAGUUUCGUCAGAGGAUGCCGCUGGUCGAGGAGUGGGACACCGAAGAAGAGGACGAUUUCGAGUAUUUCCGCGAUCGCUUCAUCGUUACGGACCGCAUCCUUGGUGCAGGUACUCACGCCGCAGUAUAUUUAGCAGAAGAUGUCCUGGAGAUGAAGCAGAUGGCUUGCAAAAUAACUACAAUACCCGCUAUAUUACGAGAUGCUCGCAAGAAAACGUCGAAAGAGUACCUCAGUGCCCGCGAAGAAUUGCGCAACGCUAGGCGCGAGAUACAGCUUCUUUCCGAAUUGAGUCACCCACACAUUGUGCAUCUUGAAAAAGCCUUUUGUUCGCAGGGUAAAAUAUAUGCCUUUUUCGAAUUAGCUGGUGGUGGAGAUCUCUACUCCUAUCUCGAAUAUCAUGGUGGAGUUCUGGAAGACUGUCAUUGCCGAGUGAUCUCAUUACAGCUUGUUAUUGCUGUUGAGUAUCUGCACUCUAAGCAAAUUGCACAUCGAGACAUCAAACCAGAGAAUGUACUGAUAACACAAACGAACCAUGGAGGACGGGUAGUAUUGACAGAUUUUGGCUAUGCAAAAAGAACAGAUCCUGAUACCGGGAGGUUGAUGUCGAACCUGGGUACUUUAGGUUAUGUUGCACCAGAAAUUGAAAAUCCCAGCGAUCCGGAGAAAGGCUACAAGCCAGCGGCGGACUUAUGGUCACUUGGUAUUUUAGCGGCAUGCCUUCUUACUGGACAUAGAUUCUGCGAGCUCAGCCAAAACGAAAUUGUUAGAGAAAUCAACAGAGAUACUUUGAAGACAAAAGGGAAUGAGAUAUCGACAACAGCAAUGAACUUUCUUCGCAGGCUAUUAGUCAUUGAACCAGACGAUCGCAUGACUGCUGCGGAAGCUCGGCACCACAUUUGGCUCACAAGACCGCGGACGGAAGCAGCCCAGAUUGAAGACACAUAUCGAAACAUAAUACGGCACUGGAAACCACGAGCAGAUAAUAUCCACGUAGUUGAGGACAUUCCCAGUCGCUCACCACCUAGACAUUCGUCAAAGAUCCGCCAGAAGAUUCCUGACACAAGCGCACCAUAUCUAGGUUUACAGCAUCGCCUCAGUGAAAAGAAGCAUCGUCCUCGACGAGAGUCGUUAAUAGAAAUACUCAAUCAAGCUGGGAUGGAGUCGGGAAAUUGGUUCGUUGAUUCCAACGAAACAAGAAGCAGAUUCUUCACAGAGAAGAAAGUCCGCGAUCAGUGUGUGAGCGGCGCAGAUAUGUUUGGAAGUAUGAAAAUAUCUCAAAAGGAAAUAAAGUAUGCAUUGGAGGAUGAGAAAUCUGUCGCGCCUUGUACUGGCAUAGGAGACGAAUCCUCUAGGAGAGCUCCAUUGGAAGAUGUGAACGACUGUGCCAUAGAAUAUGAUUCUGAAACGGAGACCGGAGAUUAUUCGAUUACACGAAGUGAUCGAGCAGAGGCGGAACCCCAAAACCCAAAGGUUGUGGAGAAGGAAGAUCUUAGCAAAAAGAGGACACGCUCGUGGGAUUCCGAAGACAAACGACUUUACAGCACAAUUUCCAAGAAGCAUCCACCAUUUGCUUCGGCUAAGGUACUACGAGAGUCUCUUACACAAAAGAAAGUAUCUGGAAAGGAAAGAGAUUCGACGGCACAAACACAGGAGAUUAUAGGGAAGUAG